AAUAACUGGAUCAACCUACAAGGUUCAUGUUAUAAAAUCGUCUCCAGCCAAUUAAGUUGGAACGCAGCCAAAAAAGCCUGUGAAAAACUGGGUUCGACGCUUGCCAUGGUGAAAUCACAGGGUGAACAACAAGCACUCUCCCACAAAAUAUCGAACACCGUAUGGAUGGGGCUUCACAGGGACCCCAAGGAUACCUCACGCUGGUUAUGGGUUGAUGGUACCCGAGCAACGUAUACUAACUGGCGUACAGGAGAACCCAACAAUGUUGGGGAGAAUGAAGGUUGCGGUAUGAUCUGGCCUGCAAGCCACAAUUGGGAGUGGAAUGAUGGACCUUGUUCAUCUAGUUUACCAUACAUUUGU